CACACAUAUAUUAUGUAUGAUAUGACAUUCACUUGUUUUGGUUGUAUGAUUUGUUCUGUUGCUAUGGUGAUUUGCUUGUACAAACAUUACAAAAGUUUUCUAAGAAAUAUGAAACUCUUGUCGCUGAGAUUCCAUUUGUUGACUAUUUCAACUAAAUUAAAAAGAAAUAUUUAUAAAUAGAACAUUAUAUAGUAAAUAGUAAUAUAUUAACUGCAAUUAAUAGUAACAUUGUUAACUUUAAGUACUUUGCAACAACUUCUCAAACUAGUUUUAAAAUUUUAAUUUUUAUGGUUUUUAUACAAUUCAAAAUACAAUGUCGGACAGUGAAGAAGAUGAACUACAGAAUAGAACAGUUAAAAUUACAGUUGUUGGUGAACCAUCUACUGGCAAAAGCAGCCUAUGCGCGCGCUAUUUGGGCGGCACUGCGGCCGCCGGCGGCACCCAGGGCGCCGAGGUGAUGGCGGGGCAGUGUCUCGGGCUGCGGCCCGCCGUGCCGCUGCAGCUGUGCGACGUGGCCGGCAACGCGCUCGCCACGCGCAUGCUGGAGAACUACCUCUAUGCUACUGAUGUAGUGUUAUUUGUUUACGACCUAACGAAUUUACAAAGUUUCGAGAAUCUAAACACUUGGAUAACAACUGUAAAGAACAUAUUCGAAGCGGAAGUGAAGAAGCCUCUACUGGCUGUAUUUGGCAACAAGUCUGACUUGGAGCACCAGAGGGCCGUGCGGCUGUCGUGCGUGCAGAAGUUCGCUUCCGAGCAUUUAUUAGAGAAUUAUAAAGGUUCAGCGAGGACAGGAGAAAUGGUAAACACUGCGUUCACGAACCUAGUGGCGAGCGUGAUCGGCGUGAAGGUGCGCGCGGCGCCGCCGGCGGCGAGCAACGGCCGCGCGCGGCCUCCGGAGCCCCCGCCGGCCGCCGCCGAGCCGCGGCAGUCCCUCAUCAUGAACAGGAAGGCGCUGAGGCGCGUGCAGCGGGCUUCUAGCUCCGUCUGCGUUUUACAAUAAAGUUGUUGAUUUGAUAUGUCGCAGUUUCA